AUGAAAGCACUUUAUGGGUUAAGACAAGCUCCACGAGCAUGGUACACCAAGUUGGAUAACACACUGAAGAUAAUCGAUUUCAAGAAAUGUGCAUUAGAACAAGCAGUGUACACAAGAGCAAACAAGACAUCAACACUAUUGAUUGGAGUUUAUGUUGACGACUUGAUAGUUACUGGAAGUUCAAAGAAAGAGAUUGAAACUUUCAAGGAUCAGAUGAAGAAGAAGUUCGAAAUGAGUGAUCUUGGAUUACUUGUGUAUUAUCUUGGUAUUGAGGUUAUUCAGAAAGGGGGUGAAAUCUCAAUAAAACAAACUAGUUAUGCAAACAAGAUAUUCAGUGACACAGGUAUGUUAGAUUGCAUUGAAGCAAAGAUACCUAUGGAACCAGGUCUUAAACUUACUAAAGUAAAGGAUGAAAGAUCUGUAGAUGCCACCGAAUAUCGAAGCCUAAUUGGAUGUCUACGAUAUUUACUUCACACAAGACCUGACCUAAGUUUUCCAGUUGGAUUACUUAGUCGUUUCAUGCAAGACCCACAGGAGCAACAUAUGAAAGAAAUCAAACAAGCGUUAUGUUAUAUCAAAGGAACUAAGGACUAUGGUAUAACUUAUGGGCAUGAAGGAGGAAACAAGAUACAAGGAUACAUCGAUAACAGUUACGGUGUUAACACACAUGAAGGUAAAGGCACAACUGGUAUAAUUUUCUACUUUGGAAAUUCACCUAUCAGUUGGAGUACUCAGAAACAAGGAACAAUAACUUUAUCCUCAUGUGAAUUAGAGUUUAUUGCGACAACAACAGUAGCAACACAAGCUCUCUGGUUAAAGAGACUACUUAGCAAAAUCACUGAUACGAAGGAAGAAAAGAUUACUAUCUACGUGGACAACAAAUCUGCAAUAGCACUGAUGAAGAAUCCAGUGUUUCAUGGAAGAAGCAAACACAUUGAAAGUAUCACUUCAUACGACAAUGUGUUGAAAAAGAAGACCUAG